AAACCCCUUCUCCUUCUCUUUUCCGAUGCUUGAAAGAAAACAUACCCAUUACAUUACUCCUCCUUUUCGACAUUGAUCAAAUCACAGAGCGAACCUUCUUCAAAUGAUUAAAGGACCCAUUACACUCUCACGUUCUCUUCUCAGGUCUCUCUGCCAAACUAUAAACUCUUCGUGUACACACAGAACCAAUCUCAUAUCAUCACCAUGUUCCGGUGGAAUUAUCUCGGCGCCUUACUCUCAGGACUCUACUAGCGAAAGGGAAGAUCGGUAUGAGCUUGUUUCUCUUCUCAAUAGGGACCCGGAAAGCCCUCCCAAGCUCUUCGUGGUUCAGCCUCGUAUGCGCCCCGAUAGCAUGUUGCAGGCCAAGCUUAAUGAAGCUCUGUGCCUGGCUAACUCACUCGAAGAACAGCGAGAUGGGUACUUCGAUACUGAUUUCUUUGACAAGGAAAUACCUUCACACAUUGUCGUUCAAAACCCAUCUGCUAGAGGGCAUAAAACACGCGCAGACACAUAUUUUGGUCCUGGAACAGUGGACAAUAUAAAAAUCCACCUAAAUCUUGUGGAAUCAAAGGGCGAAGUGGAUGCUGUUUUUGUGAACACAAUUCUGUCUGGGGUUCAGCAAAGGAAUUUGGAGAGAACAUGGGGCAAACCGGUGUUGGAUCGUGUGGGUCUUAUAAUUGAGAUAUUUAAUGCUCAUGCAUAUACAAAAGAGGGAAAGUUGCAGGCUGAAUUAGCAGCACUAUCUUAUAAGAAGACCAGACUUGUUCGUGUACGGGGCUCAGAUGGACGCCUUACUUUUGGAAGUUCUGGAGAAUCUGAAGUUGUUAGUGCCCGGGGGAGAGGAAGUGGUGGACGCGGGUUUAUUAGUGGUGCUGGAGAAACUGAACUUCAACUUCAGCGACGGAGAAUUAUAGAACGGCGGAGAAUGUUAUUAUCACAAAUUGAAGAGGUUCGUCGUACUCGAGCUUUGCAACGGGCUGCUCGCAAGAGACGUGGUGGCUCAGAUGGUCAAGGUUUAGUAACUGUUGCUGUUGUUGGAUAUACCAAUGCGGGGAAAUCUACACUAGUUGGUGCACUCUCAAACAGUGAUCUUUAUAGUGAUUCACGAAAGAAGGUGCUUGUAAGUGAUACAGUAGGAUUUAUAUCAGAUUUGCCAGUGCAGUUAGUUGAAGCGUUUCAUGCAACUUUGGAAGAAGUGGUGGAAGCUGAUCUGCUUGUGCAUGUGUUGGACUGUACUGCCCCGAAUCUCGAUGAGCAUCGGUCAACUGUACUUAGUGUUCUUGUGCAAUUAGGGGUAUCAAAAGAGAAGCUUCAGAAUAUGAUUGAAGUUUGGAAUAAGAUUGAUUACCAUGAGGAUGACAUAGGUGUAUUAGACUAUCAAGAAGAAGCAGAAGAAGAAGAAGAAGAUGAAGACGAAGAAGUAGAAGCAUCAAAUGUGACACCUGAAGAGUUGGUUGGUGAUCAUACUAAUGACAAUGCAUACAAGUUAUCGACUGGAGAUCUUGAAGCUGUGGAUGACCAAGAAGACGAUUAUUCUGAUGGCUGGUUGGCAUCAGAGGAUGACCAAAACCCUUGGAGUGAUGAAAAUGGUUCUAUGCUCCCAUUAAAGAGUGCAGAUGGCCAACAAAGUGAGUGUUCUAAGGACUGGAAAACAGAAAUGGGUUUGCAUCCUCAAGAUCAGUCUGGUCCGCAUGUCAAAACAUCUGCGCUUACUGGAGUUGGAUUGCAAGAGUUGCUGGAACUUAUAGAUGAGAGGCUGAAGGAUCAAGAUAAGAAGUUGAAUGCUCACAAUGUUGUGGAAAGGAGCAUCUUCAAUCGAAAAUGGAGGCCCCCUCGAGAAGAGGAAGAUGGCAUAGCUGUUGAAAAGUAAACACUUCAAUCUGGUCCAUUUGUUGUUCUUUCCUACAUCUACCUUGGGUCGCUCCAUGACUGAAUACUUGUUACAUACUGAAACAGCUGAAUGCAGGUCGAUUUCUCUUCUCUUUGGUAGCUCAAAAACUUUGUUGUCCAGAAGCAGUUUUCUAGUAUUUCUCAAGGGAACUCUUGCAACUAAUGAAAUUACACAAGUUUUCCUCAAAUCUGGCAUUUUUAUUGUGAAGAAUGCUGUCUUUUAGAUAUCUAUCAUAAGCGUUCUUUUUUCCCCAACUAAUAAAGAACUUGCGCUUUGGCUUGAAUGACUAAGGGCAUGUUGUGUUUUGCACUUUUUAGUUGUAUUUACUAUUACUAUUGGGUAAAGCACACUGUAAAAUGUAAAUUCAGUGGCAAUAAUCUCAUAUUUCUAUGUA